UGUUGGAAUCAUUUGAAUAAUAUGAUUUUAUCUUUCACUGUGUGCCAAAUAUAUAUACUUACAUUGAAAUAAAUAUAUUAAAGCAGAGAAGGGGAAAAAUUCUGUCGGUCAAUUUUAAAACGAAUGAAACUGAUGAGUUUCUUGGACCAGCUAUAAUAUUGUACAGUUGUAUAGUCACAAUACAAGUUUAUAUAAAAUAAUAUAUCGCAUAUACAAAUAUGCAACAGAGUCAGGAUGGAGUGGAUCGGUUAACGGAGUUUAAGUAGUAGGAGAACACAGCAGUCAGACUUGCCAGAUUGAAAAUAAGCCAGUAACACGAGUAUACUGUUAGCUGACUGUUCGUUCGUUGCAUUUAUUACUCAUAAAAAAAUUUAUUAAUCAUCGCAAAAAUUUAACGUAAUUUAUAAAAUUAAUAAAAUUAAUAAAACAAAUAUAAAAAAAUUAUUUUUUUUCAUCUUCAAAUGAUAUAUAAAGUGUUUUAAAAAAAUAAAAAGAAAAAAAAAACAAAAAUAAAAAAAAACAUUAUGACUUCGGUGUUUUCAAAAUUAAUUGAUAAAACAUCAGCAAAAUGUGGUAUUCAACAAGGAACUAUGACUCGUGGAGUUGUUGCUGCUGUAACAACAUUUUACAUGAUCAAAUUAACAUAUCCGUAUUUAAUAAAAAUGAAAAAAUCAAAACAAAAAAAUACUGAUAAUGAUAAAUUAAAAAUAGAAAAUAAUUUUAAUAAUGACAAUAAUAAUAAUAAUAGUAAUAAUGAAAAUAAAAAUAAUAGUAAAAAAUUAGAUGGUGAUAUUAAUCUUGGUUUAAAUAGAGUUUUUUUAAAACAAUUAUUAAUGUUAUUAAAAAUAAUGGUACCAGGAUGGCGUUCAAAAGAAACUGGUUUAUUAAUAUGUGCAACAAUAACACUUCUUGCUCGUACAUUUAUAUCUGUUUAUGUUGCAACACUUGAAGGACAAAUUGUCAAACGUAUUGUACUCAAGGAUGUCAGUGGUUUUUUUAAAAUGUUAACAAGAUGGUUUGCAAUUGCAUUACCAGCAACAUUUGUUAAUUCUGUUAUUCGUUAUCUUGAAGGAAGACUUGCAUUAAGUUUUCGUGAACGUCUUGUUAAGUAUGCAUACAAAAUGUAUUUGAGUCAACAAACAUAUUAUCGAGUUUCAACACUGGACAAUAGACUUGGAGGGGCCGAACAAAGACUGACCGAUGAUUUAUCGGAAUUAGCUAGUUCAGUUGCACAUCUUUAUUCAAGUCUUACAAAACCAUUACUUGAUUGUGUACUUGUUGGUAUUGCACUUGUAUCAUUUUCAACAAAACUCGGUGCUAAAACAGUACCAGGUCCACUUGUUGCUGUUGGUGUUAUUGCAAUAACCGGUCAGGUACUUAGACUUGCAUCACCAAAAUUUGGUCAGCUUGUUGCUGAGGAAGCAUCAAAACGUGGUAGAUUACGUGAAGCACAUGCACGUAUAAGUGCACAUGCUGAAGAAAUUGCAUUUUAUGGUGGUCAUAAUGCUGAACAUCUUUAUCUUAGUACAGCAUAUAGAUCACUUGUUGUACAUAUUAGAAAAGUAUUGGCUGUUAAAUUAUGGUACAUAAUGCUUGAACAAUUUUUAAUGAAAUAUGUUUGGUCUGGUACUGGACUAUUUGUCAUUGCAAUGCCACUACUUUACACAAAUAAUAAAACAGUCAAUUCACAUGCUGAUGGUGAUGGUGGUGUCAGUGAACGUACACGUUAUUUAACAACAUCAAAGAAUUUAUUGAGUUCAGGUGCUGAUGCUGUUGAAAGACUCAUGUCUUCAUACAAGGAAUUAGUUGCACUUGCUGGUUAUGCAAAUCGUGUAAGUGAAAUGUUAAAUGUAUUUAAAGAUGCUGCUCUUUGUAAAUAUCAAAGAACAGUUGUUACAAAUCAACAAACAAUAAGAAUGACAAAUACCAUGACAAUGAAAACAGAAAGAAAAUUGGAAUUUAAAGAUGGUUCACCAAUUAUUAAAGGAAUUGUUUGUGAUAGUUUAGAUGGUACAAUUGCACUUGAUGAUGUACCAAUUGUCACACCAAAUUGUGAAAUAAUUGUACAAAGUUUAUCAAUAAUAAUAAAACCAGGUGAUCAUUUAUUAAUAACUGGACCAAAUGGUUGUGGUAAAAGUUCAUUAUUUAGAAUAAUAUCUGGUUUAUGGCCAGUUUAUGGUGGUUCAUUAACACGUCCUGGUGAAUCAUAUUAUUUACGAACAAAUAGACCAGCAAUGUUUUAUAUACCACAAAAACCAUACAUGACUAUUGGUUGUUUACGUGAACAAAUAACAUAUCCAGUACAAGUUAAACCCGAUAGAAAAAAUGAUGAAGAGCUAUUAAAAUUAUUGGAUCUUGUUGAUUUACGUUCAUUGGCUGAACGUGAACAAAAUGGUCUUGAUGCUAUUGGUGAUUGGGACUCAACACUUUCUGGUGGUGAAAAACAACGUUUAGCAAUGACAAGACUAUUUUAUAAUACACCACAGUAUGCAUUACUUGAUGAAUGUACAAGUGCUGUUAGUCUUGAAGCUGAAGGUUCAAUGUAUGAAACAGCUAAAAAAAAAGGAAUAACAUUAUUAACAAUAACACAUCGUGUAUCAUCACUUGCUAAAUAUCAUAAUUAUGUACUUAAAUUUGAUGGUGAAGGUGGAUGGAAUUUUGGUCUUCUUGAUAUAAAUAAUUUAACAACAAAUCAUCAUUUAAAAAUAGACAAUGAUUUUAAAGAAGAAAAAAAUUGUCAACUUCCAAAAAUACAGGAAAUUCAAGAUUUGGUUACUGAUGAAAAUCAACAACACAUUGGAAUAAGUUGAGACGCAAAGAAAUUCAUUAAAAAUACGUUGUUAAUGUUUUUGUGGCUAAAUUUCUGUGAUGUUUUAAAAAGCUUAUUGGGUUGGACUCUAUAUUAUUAUAAUUAUUUUAAUGCUAUGUAUAUAUAAAUCAAUUAAUUAACUUAUUCAAACGUAACAUAGAUAUUUUUUUUAUUUUAGAAUAAAAUAUAUAUUGAUAUUCAAGCUGCAUGUGAGAACCAAUCAUUUUAAGAAAUGAAAAAAAAUUAAAUAUGGGUGAUAUUGUUAUAUUAUGUAUUCAAUUUAUUAUGAUUUUAUAAAUGUAUGCAUUUUUUUUUAAAUUUAUUCAUUUUACAAAAAAAAAAAAACGAAAUAAAAAAUUACAAACGUAAGAAUGAAUUAGUAA